AUGGCUGCCGCAACAGUUGGCCAGGAGAAAAGCCUGCGGGUCCUGGCGCACGUAGAAGACAAUGACGGCAUCGACAUCGAGCUCGAAAAACACGGCCAAAGACCUCCCUUGAAGCUUGAUGAGCACGGCCUUCCUCUUGUGCCGCAGCCUACCGAUCACAAGGCUGAUCCACUUAACUGGCCAAAGUGGUACAAGUACUACGUGCUCUUCUUGCUGUGUCUCCUCGCUUUCUGCGUUCAAUUUGGGGCUGGCAUGGUUCCUGCAGCGUUCGGAGUGAUUGCGAAAGAUUUCAAGGUUACGCACCAGCAAGCCAGCUACUUGACGACAUCGUACACGCUCUUUGGUGGCAUCACGCCUCUGCUGUUGACGCCGUAUGUCAACAUGUAUGGUCGAAGACCUGCAUAUCUGAUCUUUACUUUGAUCGCAAUUGGUGCAAAUGUUGGGUCGGGAUACGCUUCCACCUAUGCUCGCGAGGUCGUCAGCCGAUGCUUCGUCGGUAUUGGCGCCAGUGUUGCUUUGGCCAUUGGCGGUGCUACUAUUUGCGAUAUGUUCUUUCAGGGCGAACGAGGAAAGUAUAUGGGCUUUUACGCUCUGGCUGUCACCAAUGGCCCCCAUUUUGGUCCGAUUGCCGGCGGUUAUAUUGCCUUAAAUCUGGGGUGGAGAUGGAUCUUUUUCAUCAACGCCAUCAUCUUUGGUGUCGUCCUGGCCAUCUUUCUGGUCUCGUUCCCCGAGACACUCUUCUCCCGCACGGACUUUAGCAAACUCGAGAACCAAACCUACUGGCACAAGAUGGCCUUCCGCGGUAAGGUCUUGGACCGCAAAUUGACCGCGUCCGAUUUCUCCGCCAACUUCAAGAUGCUCAAAUACGUGGCGAUCACAAUCCCCUGCAUCUACUACAUGACGACCAACACCUACGGCUCCAUCGUUUUCGUUCUCACGGCGUCAUCUAUUAGCGAGAAGCUCUACGACUUCAACACGGCCCAAAACGGUCUGUUGCUGGGCAUUCCCCUGACACUCGGCUGUCUGAUUGGAGAAUCCUGCACUGGUUGGAUCUCCGAUCAAUUGAUCAACCGCUACGCUCGCCGUCACGAUGGCUACAGGAAGCCCGAGGCUCGUCUGUACCUCUGCUUCCUCGGUCUCUUCUUGCCCGCUGGCUUGAUCAUCCAUGGCCUCUGCGUCAACAACAAGACGCCAUGGAUUGGUCUCGCUGUCGGCAUGACGGUCGCCAGCGUCGGUGUUCAGGCGGGCACGACUCUGACCUAUGCCUACUGCACGGACUGCUACAAGCCUCAGGCCGCAGAAGUGUCGACCAUCAUCAAUCUGUUCCGCCAAAUCUUUGCCUUCACCAUCGGCUUCUACGCGCUACCCUUCGGGGAGGGUGUGAGCUUCGGCGCUGCCUGGGGCACCUUUGCCGCCAUCAACUUCGUGACCUGGUUGGGUUUGCUGUUCCUCAUCUGGAAAGGCGAAAAGAUCAGGAAGGCGCAAGGUGAGCCGAAUCUUCACAAGGACCUGUGA